GGCAGGCAGCAACCUGCCCUGACCCGCCCUGACCCCGCGGAGCACAGCUCCCAGAUGAAAGCCUGGGCCGGGCCGGGCUUGUCGGAAUGCAGCUGCAGUAAAUUAUUGUCAGCUCUAAGCCGCAGCGCUCCAGAGGGUUAGUUGCUGCUGCCGCCAUGACAACCGGAGUUGACGGUGUUAGAGCGCAGACAGCAGGGAAGACAGGACAGCCGCCGCUCUGUCUCAUGUUACUGUUGAUUAAUCUGCAUUUUAUUACACUAAUCUCACUUUUUAAAAAUCUGAUCUCAUUAGGUCGUCACGAGGACCCUCCUCCUGCCGACAUGAGCUCGCGAGCCCCGCAGCUGCGCGCGCCCUUCCUCCCUGUCACUAAGAGCUCGUGCAGCCUGAACAUGCAGGCGAGCGCGUUCAGCGACCCCCAGCAGCAGCAGCAGCAGUUCGGGGACUUGAUGUUGCCCAGCAACGACUACAGUUUCAGUUCCAGAGGAGCCGUGGACUACAACUCCCUGCCUCCUCUGCCCACUUCCUCCCCGCUGCCCUGGAGUCACGCGAUGUCCUCAGACGUGGACUACUACGGCCAGGGGACGGCGGCCUGCUCCUCAUCAGAGUCCCUGACACUCUACACCCCCCUGGAUCCCAACAGCUACUCCCCGCAGGACUCCUUUUCCUCUUCYUCCUCGUCUUGCUAUGACUCACCCACCAGGAUGGAGUCCAGUUUCCACGGCUUCCUCUCAAAACGCUACCCCUAUCAGUACUGCAGCCCCCAUCAGGACAGUGUGGCCGGCUGCUGGCCAGCCCAGCUGGAGAGCGCCCCCCUCGAUGAGUACGCCCCCUACUGCCCCCCCACAGACUAUCCCUACAUCCAGCCUGUGGAGGAGAGCUACUUCAGGAAGGAUUUCCCUCUGGGCUCUGAAAUGUGUUACAAUAUUCUAUGAUGAGGAGUCCCAGCAGGAUUACAUUGUAUCUGUUUGCACACUGCAAAAACACAAAAUCUCACCAAGUAUUUUUUGUCCUGUUUCUAAUGCAGAUAUCCUAGUAUACUUGCAAUAAGACAAAACCAACUUMAAAUGAACUUUUCAGCAAAAAUAUGACAUUGUUUCAAGUGAAUAAUUUCAUAAYGUUGAUGAAAAAGUACUAGUUCCAUUGGCAGAUUAUUUCACUUUUAACAUGACAUUUUUCCAUGUUGUAAGUGAAAUAAUCUACUGGUAGAUUUUUCAUCAGUAUUAAGAAAUGAAAUACUUAAAGCAUCUGUUGCUGAAAAGUUACUUUWAAGUUAGUUUUGUCUUAUUGCAAGUAUAUUGUGAUAUUUGCAAUAGAAACUAGAACAAAAUGACUUGGUAAGAUUCUGUGUCUUUGCUCUGUAAAUGGGACUCAGCUGGACGGUUUGUUCUCUGACCGCUGCACUGGAGUGGCUGAUGAUUGUUUAAUGGAUACAGACAGAUAUUUUUCUAUAAUUGUUUUUUACAACCUUGAUUUAUUGUAGUACUCAUGAUUUGUUAUUAUUCACAAUA